AUGGCAUUCAAUGAUUUCAAGCAAUUGCAAAAUGUGGAUCUCAAGGGAUUUUUGACUACAGCUGCUAUAGGUCUAAUUGUAUCAGGUUACUUAAUCAUCUACCUACUCUCUCAUACACCAAGAUUACCCUUUGAUGAAGAAUUAGAAUAUCAAACCAUUGAUGGUAAAGGUGGUUUAGUUAAAAAAAGAUUGCCAAACGUUUGUCGAGGAGAUAGCAAUAAGAAUAAGAGUAAUAAUGAUAAUAAUGAUGAAGACAUUCUCUUGUCAGUGGUAGUUCCUAGCUACAAUGAAACUAAGCGAAUAUCACAUAUGCUUGCAGAUGCAAUCGCGGUCUUACAGAAGGAAAUGGCCCAUAGGUGGGAAAUUAUUAUUGUGGAUGAUGGUUCCAAGGAUGGCACGUCAGAAUACUGUCUAAACUUAUCUGAAAAAGUUUUCCAGCUGCAAGAGGGUCAAUUAAGAGUCGUUAAACUGAGUCAAAAUCGUGGUAAAGGUGGCGCCGUUAGACAUGGUCUUUUGCACAUCAGGGGCAAAUACGGGCUCUUCGCCGAUGCGGAUGGCGCUAGUCAAUUUAAUGAUGUCAGCAAAUUAAUUGAAAGUAUAAAGCAAUUGGAAGGUCCUCAAGGUAAACCUGCAGUCGCGAUCGGAUCUCGUUCUCAUAUGGUUAACACAGAUGCCGUGGUUAAAAGAUCGUUCAUUCGUAACUUGCUAAUGUACGGAUUGCAUACUUUGGUAUUUGUAUUUGGUAUUAGGUCCAUCAAAGAUACUCAAUGCGGCUUUAAGCUGUUUAAUAGAAGUGCAAUUGAAAGCAUUUUCCCCUAUCUACAUACUGAAGGUUGGAUAUUUGAUGUUGAAAUCCUUAUGCUAGCGCUAAGGAAAAAAAUACCGAUUUCAGAAGUUGCCAUUUCGUGGCAUGAGGUUGAUGGUUCUAAAAUGGAUUUAGCUCGUGAUAGUAUUAACAUGGCCAAGGAUUUGGUUGUUAUAAGAAUGGCAUACAUCUUACGCAUCUAUAGAGAUGAUAAGGAGUGUUAA